GCGGGGCCGCGUCUGCCCUGCUGCGCCGCGGCUGCGCCUCCUCGCUCCGGCUUCUCCGUCACGCUGCCGCGAUGUCCGCCAUUCCGGCUGAGGAGAGUGACCAGCUGCUGAUCCGACCCCUUGGAGCUGGACAAGAAGUGGGAAGAUCAUGUAUUAUCCUGGAGUUCAAAGGAAGAAAAAUAAUGCUGGACUGUGGGAUCCACCCUGGCCUGGAAGGAAUGGAUGCUCUUCCCUAUAUUGAUUUAAUUGACCCAGCCGAGAUUGAUCUCCUCCUCAUCAGUCAUUUCCAUUUGGAUCACUGUGGAGCAUUGCCCUGGUUCCUACAGAAGACAAGUUUCAAAGGAAGAACAUUUAUGACUCAUGCCACAAAAGCUAUUUACAGAUGGCUUCUUUCCGACUACGUCAAAGUUAGUAACAUAUCAGCAGAUGACAUGCUGUAUACUGAGACCGAUUUGGAAGAGAGCAUGGACAAAAUUGAAACCAUCAACUUCCAUGAAGUUAAGGAAGUGGCGGGGAUCAAGUUUUGGUGUUACCACGCAGGCCACGUUCUCGGAGCUGCCAUGUUCAUGAUUGAAAUCGCGGGUGUGAAGCUUUUGUACACAGGUGAUUUCUCAAGACAAGAAGAUAGACACUUAAUGGCAGCUGAAAUUCCUAAUAUUAAACCUGAUAUUCUUAUUAUUGAGUCUACAUAUGGGACCCACAUCCAUGAGAAGCGUGAAGAACGAGAAGCCAGAUUCUGUAACACUGUCCAUGAUAUUGUAAACCGAGGAGGUAGAGGUCUCAUCCCUGUGUUUGCUCUCGGAAGGGCUCAGGAGCUGCUCUUGAUUUUAGAUGAAUACUGGCAGAACCACCCAGAACUCCACGAUAUUCCCAUAUACUACGCGUCAUCCUUGGCCAAGAAGUGCAUGGCGGUCUACCAGACGUACGUGAACGCCAUGAACGACAAAAUCCGCAAACAAAUCAACAUCAACAACCCCUUUGUUUUCAAGCACAUCAGUAACCUCAAGAGCAUGGAUCAUUUUGACGACAUUGGGCCCAGUGUGGUGAUGGCCUCCCCUGGUAUGAUGCAAAGUGGCUUAUCCCGAGAGCUCUUUGAAAGCUGGUGCACUGAUAAGCGGAAUGGUGUCAUCAUAGCAGGGUACUGUGUAGAAGGGACACUCGCCAAGCAUAUCAUGUCCGAACCUGAAGAAAUCACUACCAUGUCUGGACAGAAGCUGCCGCUGAAAAUGUCUGUUGAUUACAUUUCUUUCUCUGCUCACACAGAUUACCAGCAAACCAGUGAAUUUAUCCGUGCUUUGAAACCGCCUCAUGUGAUUUUAGUCCACGGAGAACAGAAUGAAAUGGCCAGGUUGAAGGCAGCCCUGAUUCGCGAAUAUGAAGACAAUGACGAAGUUCACAUAGAGGUUCAUAACCCUCGGAACACAGAGGCAGUGACCUUGAACUUCAGAGGAGAAAAACUGGCAAAGGUCAUGGGCUUUUUAGCAGACAAAAAACCAGAACAGGGCCAGCGGGUCUCAGGAAUACUUGUUAAAAGAAACUUUAAUUAUCACAUACUUUCUCCUUGUGACCUCUCCAAUUAUACUGACCUGGCCAUGAGCACUGUAAAACAGACCCAAGCCAUCCCGUAUACUGGGCCUUUUAACUUGCUCUUGUACCAGCUACAGAAAUUGACAGGUGAUGUAGAAGAAUUAGAAAUUCAAGAAAAGCCUGCUUUGAAAGUGUUCAAAAAUAUUACUGUGAUACAGGAACCAGGAAUGGUGGUAUUAGAAUGGCUGGCAAACCCUUCCAAUGACAUGUAUGCAGAUACAGUGACAACUGUGAUACUGGAAGUUCAGUCAAACCCGAAAAUAAGGAAAGGCGCUGUACAGAAGGUUUCAAAAAAAUUAGAAAUGCACGUUUACACCAAGAGGUUGGAGAUCAUGCUGCAGGACAUAUUUGGAGAAGACUGUGUGAGUGUGAAAGAUGGUUCUAUUCUUGGUGUCACAGUGGAUGGAAAAACUGCUAACAUAAACUUGGAGACACGGACGGUAGAAUGUGAAGAGGGGAGUGAGGAUGACGAGUCCCUCCGGGAGAUGGUGGAGCUGGCUGCGCAGAGGCUGUACGAGGCGCUGACGCCAGUGCACUGACCCGUGGUCCGCGCGUGCGAGUUGCUCUCUGAUGCUUGGCUCCACUUCUGCUACGUAAAAUAAAAUACUUUAGUUGAUCGGAGUAGCCGAUUUACUUCUGAUGUCAAAUAGCCUUUGUUCCCACAUCCUGAACAUGGCUAAAAAAUUACCCGCUCAUUUGUCCGUAUUCUGAACUGCUGAACUGCCUGCCAUUUUAGGACAUGAUCCCGCUGCAG